AUUGGAUGCAGACUGCAAUAAACGCAACCUCGCUGCCACACACACACACAUGCAGAGCAAGUAGCCUCAGGGCAGUUGGACUACUGUUGCCUCGACGGGGCAGCAUACAGGAAAAAAUGGCUUGUGGAGUUCAUUUGGGGAUCUUGCUGAUUUGCUUAGCUCAAGCAGAACAUGUACGCUGUUCGUGGUCUAAACAGGCUCAAAGCUCUCAGAGACAAAACAGCAAUGCAUAUGUUGGCUUUGCUCAGCAGCAGAGUGGACAAGGAAGACUUGCUAGCAACUAUCCCCAGAAUCAACUCAGACUGGCCUCAGCCCAGAGCAGGAGCUUCAACACAGAGCUAGCGGCUAGCAGCGGCAGGAGGUUUAGCCAGGUGUACUCCAGCGGUGGCGACACAAACUUUCAUUCACAACCAACUCAAAGUGGCCACUCGUCAGUCAGGCUGGUUCAGAGCAGCUCGCUCUCAAAACCUAACUGGCGACCAGCAAAGUCGAAUCGCGCAAAUGCACAAACUUCACCAAAAAACUCUUUUGGACUUUCUACCGCUAUUGCUAGUGGAAGUUCUGUGAGUAAGUAUAAGAAACCGAAUGACUUUGCUAAUGUCAGCAAGAAAAGGACUUGGCCAGUUCAGCAGGGUACAGCACAUGUUGGCAAGUAUGUGUCCAGUAGUUCUACAGCUGUUCAGAGUCCUAGAAGCCUGUCUGCAGCACAGAAGGCUCCCAGCGCGGCUGCUGCUCCAGCCAGUUACUGGCCGAGAAGCUACGUUCCUGUCGAGUCUUCUAGCCGGUUCAGUGUGGGUGCUCCAGCGCUGCAGAUGCAGACUUCAGCCACUGCCCGCGCCAGAAGAGUCUCUUCACAUCGUGGCUCUAAAGCAUCUAAACCUUCUCGCUUCUCACCCUCAAAUGAGAGGAGCGUAAAUAACCCCAGCCAGACUGAGGCUGGAAACCGAUACAAAAGUAAACUCUUUCAGCCAACAGGAGGAAAUGCCCAAGGAAGCCAGUCCCUUCCAGCGUCCCAGAAACAAAAUGCGCUCAACGUUCAGCCACGCAGCUACACCUCCACUAAGCUCCCUGCCUCUGAGAGCAGCGGAACAGGAGCGUCUGGUCAGCGCUUCGCCCCAACCAGAACCUACGACAUCCCUGACCGCUUCGGUGGCUUCGCUAUCAGACGGCUGAAAGAACCUGCUGACCAGAAGGUGAGCGUCAGGGAGCCACAGCAGUCAUAUCCUACCUCGUGGCAGAGUGCAUCUCUCAAACAGCAGCGGCAGGCCCACCCAGCUCCCCCACAGCAGGCCUACAAGCCACAGGUCCAGAGUAUUCACCAUGAGAGCAAGUGGAAGAGGGUCAGGCCAUCUGGGAAACUAAGUGCAGCUGGUGUCACUGGAUAAGAAUUUGGUCUUUUUGAAAUAAAGCAUUUUUAAGAUCUUGA